GUUUGAUGAAUAUACCACUAGGUGGAGGGCGAUAUUGACAAAUCCCAAGUGUACUUUGAGUCCUGACUCCAUCAGGAAAGUGAGUCAAGUUAGUCUCUUGACUCUGGACAACAUUCCCCAAAAGAAGCAAGAAUGAAGUCCGAAAGACUUGCCGUUUACGAUGGAUGACAAGUUCUCCCGCGCUUCGGUUCAACGGCUGGCUGACACUGUGCGAAUACCUCACAGAUGGACCGUGUGAUUUCAUCGGAGGAGGGGAACAGGCAAGCCGGACGCCAGGAGCCGCGCGUCCGCUCCCGGAGGAGGCUGGCCGGCGUCAGCUCGCCCGCUCAGGCUGCCGCACGGCUCACCUUGUCCGGGGUCAUGGACACCGAGGGGAGGGUGGACGAGUCAAGACUGAGAAUGCACAUUUUCCAAAACGGUGGCGUAUCUCCCACUGAGCGUGGCCUAGCAUGGCGCUUCCUAUUCGGGAUGUACCCGUGCAGCUCGACCGCUUUGGAGCGUCCUCUGCUUCAGGAGCAGCUGACUGUGCGUUACCAGGUGAUGAAGGCAAAGUGGCAGAACUUCCUCCCUUCGGCUAUACAGAUGCAUCUCAAUGGCACCGAUGCUGAGCUGGUGGCUGCAGUGGGCUAUUUUAACCAGAGGCAGGCACUGGUCCAGCAAGAAGCUGACAACUUGAGUGACGAGGUCCGAGACCGGGUGAUGUUUUUGGAGCUGCAAGCGCAGAUAUUGUUUGAACGUGUUACUUUUGACCAGGAAGAGCUACAGGAAGCCAUCCGAAUUAUUGAUAAAGAUGUCCCAAGAACCAACCGAGACCUGAGCUACUACCAAGGUGAAGGUUCAGGGAAUCUGCUGGUGCUGAGAGACAUCCUCAUCACCUAUGCGGCUUUCCAUCCAGAGGUAAGUUACGCACAAGGAAUGAAUGACCUGUGCAGCCGAUUCCUGGAGGUCAUGGACUGCGAGGUUGACAGUUUCUGGAGUUUUUCUUGCUACAUGGAGAAAUUUGCCAAGGAUUUCCGAGAAGAUGGCCUGCACAGAAAAAUAGAGUUGGAGGCGGCCCUGUUAAAGGAAUUGGACCCUCAACUUCAUGUCCACUUGGUCACAGACAGCAUGGAGAGCUUCACCUUUUGUCACAGAUGGCUGCUGCUAGGCUUCCAGAGAGAAUUCGAACACAGCGAUGCGCUACGUUUGUUUGAGAUCCUGAGUUGUGACCACCUGGAGCUCAUUUCCCAGCGUGUAGACCGAGCCCGUUAUCAGGAAAGACUGGCCCAAAAAUAUUGUCCAGAUGACAAGUGUGGGUCGGAGCUGCAGGCCGUCAAUACAGACUUUACGUUCGAGCUGUUCAUCUGCGCAGCCAUCCUUUUGGACCACAAAGACACUCUGUUGCAAUGUCAAGAUGAAGUCCAGCUGAUUCAAUUCACAAGCAGCCUUCAUGGAACACUGGACUUGAACAGCACUCUGAAGAAAGCAGAGCAUCAUUUCUUCAACUACUGCAAACGCUGUGCUUGGGACUCCAUGAACUGCCACUGUAGAGCGCACAAAAGCAAAGAAGAAGACUUUCUCUAUCAGCUUCGCAGUUUAUUUGUUUCAAGAUAAGAACGACUGGUUCAGUCCCUGUCACCCUUUUAGAAUAAGUCACCAAACAUGUUUAAAGGCAUACAUUUGUUGUUAUUCUUCAUAGUCCAGAGGUAAAAUGUUAUCAGCAGAUAGGUUAUUUCAUCAUUAUGGAAAAGUAUUUAUUGUUUGAAAGUGGACAAACAUGGACUGUGGAUUUUUUUUUAAAUUAUUAUUAUUAUUUUUUUUAACUUGACACGUCAACAUUGGCCUUUUUAAGGCUUGUUACAAAGGCUUAAUGCAAUAUUUAGCCACUGGAAGGUGACAGACAACAGGUGGUGUUACUUACAUACUCGGGUUAUAUUUAAAAUGACUUAUGUAACAAGCGUGUACGUUGUAGACACUGACAGAAAGAAUGGAAAGGGAGGGAAAUGAUAUGAACCUAUGUUAAUAAUAUUGUUAAUGCUAAUAAUUAUAUUUAAUUUAUAUAUGGUGAAUUGGUAUCUUUGAUCUGAAAAUCCCACAAAAAAUGUGACAAAAGGCCGUAAAAAGCUUUCAGUUACUUUAUGGUGGAUAUCAAAAGUUUACUCACGCCUGUUCAAAUGGCAGUUGUUUUUUGGGGGUUUUUUUGGGUGGAAUAAUAAUGAAAAAAUCGAACAAUACAGGCCAUUUCAAAGCCUUUUCCACUUUAAUGUAACCUAUAAAUUGUACAUGCCAAAUCAUUUUAUUUUCUUUAAUCUUUUUAAGAGGGGAUGUACCGGUAGACAUAACUCAAAUAAUGUGGUUUGGCAUUUGUAGAGCCAUUUCCAUCAAAAAGAUAUACACACAGUUCUACAAAUCAUUUAAACUCUGUGUUUGUGGUUUAGUACUGCAAAUGGUCUUUUAUUUGGGGGGGAUGAUAUGUAUUUAACAUUUAAACAAGUUAAUAUGCACUUGCAUUUAACCUCAAGGGUAUUAUUUAGUGACAUUUCUCAGCAACACUAUACAGGAGUAAGUUUAAGGCUAGAUCAAUCCAUUCCUUUGAAUCUAAAUUCAUAUUUCCAAGUCAUUUUUGGAGAAUUGUGUUCUGCAUUUGUGGGAACGGUUUGGAGAAAUCCCCUUUCUGUUCCAGCCUGGCUCUGCCUCAGUGCACAAAAGCAAGGCGCAUGAGUUCAAACACAUUUGAGGUGAAUGAGAAGCGAUAUUGUGAGACUUCAGAAUGAAUCAUGGAGAAAGUUUUCCCAAAAUAGAAGCUGUCAGAGCAGCAAAAGGAGGGGCCAUUGCACUUCCUAGCACUGUAUAUCUAAAGGUCAGCUGUCCUAAUAGUUUUGUCCACUUAUUGGUAGACCAACAAGCUUAUUUGGUAAGUCAGAAGGUUCUAGAACGUUCUGUGGGGGGCUCAUCUGACACCCAGUAGGGCUCCCCCUGCUCUAUAUACACUGGGUGAGCACAUGCCCUCGCCCUCUUAGUCUGCCUGCCAGGACGCAGAAAGGAGUACGGGAGAGGAAGUCAGGGGUCGCUAGCACAACAUAAUCCCAGUUAAAGUUGAACAGCUGACACAACAAGGUAACACGAUUUCUAGCUGUGCUGCAUCCAGCCUGGCUUCAUAGUUUGUCUCGCUUCAUUGCUGCAUUGAAAAGCUUAACUGCCACGUGUGAGAGCUUUUUCAAUUUUUUUUUUCUUUUACAAAUUUUAAUCAUCAUGCUUGCAUGGAUUAUUGACUGCAGGCUGAAACUGAAUCAAUAACAGGCAGUUUAGGUCUAUAUGGUCCAGAGCACUACGUUUAAAUUAUUCAGAUAUCAGCUGAAUGUCAUGUCUUAAAAGCUUAAAAUAAAGAUAAGAAAAAAAUAUGUAAAAAGUAGAAGCAAAAUAAUGAUAUAUCAAAUAUGUUCAUAAAACAAUCUGUGUGUGUGUGUGUGUGUGUGUGUGUGUGUGUGUGUGUGUGUGUGUGUGUGUGUGUGUGUCUGUUUUUGUCAUGAUGGAAACUUGUGGAUGGAGAAGCAGCUGGAGUGUGUCAGCAAUUUCUUUGGUGUUCUUUGGUGUUACACAACCAGGGCAAGUGAAAAUUCAAAAUAACACACUUUGUGAACAAACUUUCGGGUGAAAUUACAAAUAGAGGAAAAGAAAAGGUUGUCAGAUUCAUUAAGUGCCUAAUGACAGUCGGCACUGUCCCUGUUUGCUGCUAUGAGCAUGGCCCAGAAAGUUAUCAAAUAUCUUGGCAUGUACAGAAUGUAAUAUCUUCCCAUAUAUGAAUAAAUUAAUCUUAAAUGUG